AUGCCGUUCAAUAUCACUAUCGGAUCGGAUCAUUCUUCUAUAUCAGACGAAGAGGACUCGUCCGGAAUUCGAGGAUCCCCGCUUUCAGAUUCAGGGAGUCAUGUAUAUCAGGACCCCUACGACGAGUGGGCACAUCUACCAUACCCGGAUGAACUGAAGCCGUCUGAUUCGGCUUCUCGGCCGAGGACGACGGGUCGAACCCGAAUGCGAGCCAUGGAUCGGAUGCCAGCUUCUGGUUCUAUGCGACGUCACGCACCGAGGCGUCAUUAUGUACAAGACCGAGAGCCACUUCCUCGUCGUUCACGUCGACCUCCUUCACCCGAGUCUCCAGAAAGUGAAGAUUCUGGCGAAGAGUAUACAGCACCUUAUGACAGACCAUCUCAGGACCGAAGGUUUUGGCCGCCCGUGUCCCAAGGGCCAGCAUAUGCCCACAAUUCGUCUCCAGGUCCAUCAUAUACAUAUCCCCAUGAAACAGUUCCACAUGGGCCGUUUGGGCAUCCAAAUGGUGCUCAUCCUCCAUCCGACCAACUUGUAAGGGUGGGCCACCACAGUGGAAUGAACCAACAAUCGCCAUAUGGACAUCCCCUUUAUCCGUACAGCAACCAGUUUCACCACCACCCACCGGGUGCACCCAUAUCUCCAUUCUUUGUUCAGGAUUCUCCAGGGCAUUUCGGGCGUCAUGCCCAUCACCCCCAGGUCGCUCACACUCGGAGCAGUGUACAGAGUCCACCGCCGCAAGCAUUGUCACACCCGAUACCGUCAAAUGGGCCGCACUUCUAUGGUGGUGCUCCUUUAAACUCUCAUGAUCUAGUACCUUACGGCCAGAAUGGCUAUUAUCCAUUUAGAGAGCCGUAUCCAAUGGCUCCAGGGAUGAUUCAACCUUAUUAUGGUAACUAUCCGCGUGUGCCAUCCCCAAGUCGAGAGGAAUCGAGUCCAUCUCCUCCGCCCGCUCCACCUGCAGAUGCAGCCAAGGAUGAAGCCAUUGCAAGGCUAGAAAAGCUGAUUUUAGAGGAGAGGUCGGAGCGUGAAGCCCGAGAAGCUCGAGAGGCCGCUCGCCAGGCAGAGAUUGAGAAGGAGGCAGCCGAACAGGCUGCUAGAGAGGAACGCGCUGCCCAUGAGAAGCAGAUCGCCGAGGAGGCCGCUGCUGCUGCCAGGGCUGAAGCUGAACAGAAAGCUGCCGAAGAAGCCGCCAAGGCAAAGCAAGAGGCUGAAGAAGCGGCAGCAGCGGCGGCAGCAGAAGCGGCGUCGGCCGCAACUGAGGCCGCAAAUGCAGCAGCAGCGGAAGCAAUCGCUGCGGCGCAGGCAGAAGCUGCUAAUCAACAGCCCCCUCCGGAGGAUAAGAAAAAGCCGAUAAAAUUCAAAGACGCCAUUGGGAGGAAAUUUAGUUUUCCGUUUGAAUUAUGCUGCACUUGGCAGGGCAUGGAGGAGCUUAUACGCCAAGCUUUCCUCCACAUAGAAGUUAUAGGACCCCAUGUUGCUGAUGGUCAUUAUGACCUCGUGGGUCCCAAUGGCGAUAUAAUACUUCCGCAGAUUUGGGAUACUGUUAUUGAGCCUGAUUGGAGCAUAACCAUGCACAUGUGGCCGAUACCUGAAAAGCCCAAGACUCCUGAACCUCCUCCAGCCCCAGAAGCUCCAGCAGAUCCCGAGCCAGCUCCAGAGCCUCCAGCAGCUCCCGAGCCUGAUCCCGAGCCUGCCCCGGAAACUGCUCCAGAACCUGAACCCGAACCUGCUCCAGAACCCGAACCACCAGCAGCCCCAGAGGUAGAAGAAGCUGUACCUGCUUCCGAGGAACCAAAGAAAAUAGGUGCCAAGAAACAACGACAAAAAGACCCUGGAGCGUUCGCCAUGUGGGUUGUCGGGGGUCACCGCAUGAAGUCAAACAAGGGUUGGAAAGUGGUAAGGAAGGCUGAAUAG